AUUGUUUGCAGCUGCCGGCACAAGAGGAAUCGCUGCUGCACUGACACAUCCAGGGAAGGUUGUCCCUCUCUCUAUCUCUCUUUCUCCCAGGCAGCAGUGCUGUGUAACCCUAUGGAUACAAGCCAUACAUUCCUGGCAUAGCCCUGCAACAGCACAAUAAACACCGGCUCUCCCAGUUGAGGCUGCUCCAUUACAGAGAGUCCCAGGCCACAAGAAGCGAUUCAGCCAUGAGAAGCCGCGUUUAGCAGCAGCAGCCAGUGACAGCCCAGCCGGGACAUGUGUGUGGAUAUGGGGACAGCUGAGACUGGCAUGAUGGACUGAUAUCUGCACCGGGACAUGGACAGGGAUUCAGAAGCAGUGCCAGGCUCAGUAAGGAGCUGUCGGGAAAAGGGGAACCUGUAUUUGCAGACGAGCAGUCACAUGGCAGCUUUUCUCACUGACACCAACGAGAAAGGACCUCCAUUACAGGCUCAUACCCUGAGGGACUUUGAGAAGCACCUCAAUGACUUGAAAAAGGAGAAUUUCAGCCUCAAGCUGCGAAUCUACUUCUUGGAGGAUUGCAUCCAGCAGAAGUACAAAGACAGCAGCGAGGAUGUCUACAAAAGGAAUAUUGAACUUAAGGUGGAGGUUGAGAGUCUAAAACAAGAGCUUCAAGAAAAGCAGCAGUUUCUGGAUAAAACCUGGGCUGCUGCAGAAAACUUGACCAGCUACAAUGAAGCUGAGUUGCGACGGCAGUAUGAGCAGAAGCAAGAGGAGACCGAACAAGUCCAGGAACUUCUGGAGAACAAGAUCCAGCUUCUUCAAGAGGAAGCCAGACUUGCAAAAAAUGAGGCAGAUCGGACGUCAGUCUUGGUCGAGGCUGAGAGGGAGAAAUGUCUGGAGUUAACAAAUACCAUCAAAGAAUUCACUAUGGAGAUGCAAGAAGCCCAAGUCCUGCAUAAGAAUUACUGCACCACACUGGCUGAGAAGGACAGGAUGAUCCCGCAGCUGACACUGUUGCUCGACAGCAAAGAUUCCCUAAUAAACCAACUUAAAGAGGAGAAAAACAGCCUAAUGAAUCAGCAGAACAUAAGCCUACAACAAGCUGUACAGGACCUGAAAGCAUCUUUGCAGCAUAAGAACUGUGAGGUUAAGCAACUACAAGAUGAGAAAACACGGGCUCAGCAGAAACUACAGAAUUUGCUUGAGAAGCAACAUCAGAAGGUAUCUCAGUAUGAGGUAUUGUCUGCAAAGCAUGUGUCAGACUUGCAGGCUCUCCAGGGAAGGUUCCAGGAAACAGAGGCCUCCAAUAAGAUGCUGCAGGAGAGUUUGCACCAAGUGACAGCAGAGUUGAGCUCUGCACGGGAAUUAUCUUGCAAUCAAGAGCGCAUUAUCCAAAGCCUAAGGGAAACUCUGCAAAGCAGAGACAAUGAGGUCUCGGAUUCGUACCAUAUAGUAGAAGGACACAAUGAUACCAUAGUGAAACUACAAAAGAUGCUUCAGAAAAGUCAAACUGAACAGUUACAGGCUUCCCAAAUUACCCCGUCCCAACAGCAGCUGCAGCUGUUGGAUCUCCAGAACACUUUGUUCUGUACACAGAGGGAACUGCAGAAGCAACAGAGGACCCUCCGGCAAAAGGAGCGUCAACUGACUGACUUGAAGCAAUCCCAGAAAUUGCUGGAAGCUGAUUUACUUGAGGGACAUCAACAGAAAGAGACUACUUGGAAGCACAAUCAGGAGCUGCAUGGAGUACUGCACAGGCUACAGACUGAGCUGCAGGAGAAAAUUCAGCUUUUUCAGAAUAGAGAAGAGGAGAAAUGCACCAAGUUGCGCGCUCAGGAGAACUGUAUCCAGCAGCUCCAACAAACUGUGACCCAGAAGGAGCAACUGCUGCAGGAUUAUAUGGACCUUUUGAAAUACCAACAGUGCCUAGGAAAACACCCAGGUGGCAGCGAGCACAUGCUUGACAAAUUAUGCCAGAGAAUCAAGGACAGAGAUGCAGCUUUAGAGCAAGCAGUGGAUGAUAAAUUCUGUGUACUGGAAGAGAAAGAAAAGGAGAUCCAGCAGCUAAAGAUGAUAAUACGAGAAAAACAGCGUGACUUGGAACGGCUGCAGAGUGUUCUUUCUGGCAACGAGGAAACCAUAAAUAGCCUGGAUAACCUCAUGAAGUCCAAAGAUGUGGAAUUGGAACACAUUUCAGCAGCUUAUAAAAACCUAGAAUGGCUGAAACAGUCAAUGGAAGAGAAAAACCAAUGUUCACUGAAGGAGAGAGAAUCAAUUAUCCAGCAACUGCAGCAAGCUCUGCAACAGAGGAGCAAAGAAAUUCAGGAGAUGACGACAACCUUCCUUCAGAAGUCUGAGCUGGGCAGUUUUGAGCUGAUACAAGAGUUACAAGCCUGCCUGGAAUGUAAAGAGAAAAUGCUGCAGGAGGCUCUUCAUGAUAGAAGCCAACAGGCCGAUGAACACACGAGAGAGCUGGAGGAACUUAUUACCAGUAUGGCAUCAGAAAAAAUGGGUCAAGGUUUUUUCUGCAAGAGCUGUGCUCUAAGAGAAAAACAGAAUUCAGAUAUGGAUCAGUCUCCAGCAUCCCAGAAAACAGUUAAGCAGUUAGGGAACUCCAAGCCUCUUUCUGAUCAUCCAGUCUCCGUAUGUGUGACUUCUUUGUCUGCAGAUCUCAAAGCUCCAGCAGAUGCACAGAAUAACCAAACCGAAAUGUUGGAGAGUGAACUUGCCAAAGCCAAAGAUGAUCUGCAGCUUGUUCUGAGGAAAGAAAAGGAAAACCAGAUCGAAGUUUCAGCUCUGCAGUCUAUCAUAAGAGAGCAAAGUGAGCAGCUGCAGGAGCAAGCUGCAGACAUGGAUGCUUUGAGCAGGAACAUUCAAAUAAAAGAAGAUCUAAUCAAGGAUCUGCAGAUGCAAUUAGUUGAUCCAGAGGAGAUGCCUACAGUGGAGCGCCUUACUCAAGAGGUCCUAAGCCUAAAAGAAAAGUUGAGUGCAUCAGGUGUGCAAGAACAUGGCACUGGUCGUUACCAGAAGUUAUCAAAGCUAUUGGAGGAUCUUGUCGCUGACAGAGGCAGGCUGAACGAUGCAUUACAUGUAGAGAAACAGCUUUACAGCAGCCUGCUACAUUUCCACUCUGACCCAGACAGCAUAAAAUGCAGCUCCGCACUCCAGGAAGAACUGCUAACUGCACAGAAACUGACGUGCCAAUUGGAAGAUGCCCUAGAAAGGGCGACAGAUCGCCUUUCGCAGAUGGAUUUGGAGAGGGGACUGGCGGCUAUCACCUUUGGAGGUCUUAAAGAGGACAAUGAAGUGGAUGAUGAUUCCAGCUCACAGUUCAGUGAUAGUAUUGAAGAUGAAAUCGAUGAUCGGAGUACUGGGCAUGGGACUGAACCACAGGUACAUGCUAUGGAAUCAGUUGCAAAUGUUAUAGCUGAGAACAAGAACCUGGAGAAUCAGCUUCUCAGUGUAAGAAAUGAACUCAGACAAGUGAUGGAAGUCAAGGCUAAAACUGAAGAGGAGCUUAAAGUUCUGAAGUCCAGACUGGAAGAUGCAGGAAUAUCUGAUACAGUAGAUAUCAGAAAUGUACUACAGAUUCUGUGCCAAAAAAGAAAUGAAUGGAAUGUGGAGCUGGAAAGUGAAAAGUUAGGACAAUGGGAGGAUGAAAAAAUGGAGGAAGGGGGCUCAUCAGUAGAAGAGGGCCUAAGGGUGGACCUAAGAAAGCUGCAAGGAAAGAUGAGGCAGGCUGAGACUCUCAUAAAGUAUUUGAAGGAGCAGUUGGCACUGAAAUCAAAGGAUGGAAUGUCGACAUUUAACCCAGACCUUAUUGUCAGUAUGGCAGUGGAAAUUGAACGACUGAAGAUGGAGAAAGCUUCAGCCACUAUGAAACGUUCUGCAGUGGUUACUGAGCAGACUGAGGAGGAAACUUCAAAGAGACAUUGCAACUGGCAGUCAUCAGGGGAUAUUGGAGAACCUGAAAAAUCUGGCACAAAACAGAAGCCGCAUGUUUCACAAAGGUGUGUUUUAAAGGCAUUAGGCAGUGACUGGCAGGAUACUGGAGUCAAUCUGGAGGACGAGACUGUGCAACUGCGUUCUGAACUUGCACAAAGAAUGCGUCAAAACCAGGAGUUACAGGACAAAUUAGUGAUGUCAGAAGCCACCGUGCAUGCACAGACUGAUCAGCUGAAGCAAUACAGAGGCCAAUUCAAUGAGCCAUUGGUAGAACAAGAUAGCAAACAAGUGCAAGUUGACUUCCAGGAUCUGGGCUAUGAGACAUGUGGAAGAAGUGAGAAUGAGGUUGAUCGGGAAGAAAGCACCAGCCCAGAAUAUGAGGAGCGUGAAGAUUUGUUUAGUGAGAACAGCCUUAUGGAAAAGCUGAGUUCAGCAUAUAAAGGCGGGUCACCCUUAGUAACUAGCUCACCUUUGAAAAACAAUGGAUGUGGGCAGAAUGACUGGACAUUGGAUUGGGAGAAAUCCGAGGAUGUCACAGUCCUUCAGCAACAUGUCAAGAACCUAAAAGUACAGUUACAGAAGGAGCAGAAGGUGAUGAGUAACCUACAAAGUCGAGCCCGCUCAUUCUCUGCUUCUAGCGACUCUGCUAACCACCAUCGGCUGAAACACAGCGUCUCUUUCCAUGGUUCCACAUCACAUAGCAUAACAGAUGAAGAUGAAGGCUGGCAGUCAGAUACAGUUGGCAUUAACACCACCAAAGACUUAGAGCAGCUUGUCCAAAGGGUGUCUAUGCUAGAAGCUCAACUCCAUCAGUCACAUAGAGAUGUUAGAGCUCAAGAUAAGAUUAAAUUUGCAACGUGGCCUGGGAGAUAUGACACCCUAAUUCAGGCUCAGGCUAGAGAGCUGUCACUUCUAAGGCAGAAACUGCGAGAAGGCCGAAGUGUCUGCCAUAUUCUCACUCAACAUCAAGGGGACACCAUUAAAUCCUUUGAAGAGCUUCUUCGUGCCAAUGAUAUAGACUAUUACAUGGGCCAGGGCUUCCGUGAACAGUUGACUCAAGGGAACCAGCUAGCAGAGAGGCUGAACAAUAAACUCAACAGCAAAGAACGUUCUGAUGUGGAUGAUAAAUCUAGACAUGAGCUGUUGGCCAUCAGACUUAGCAAAGAGCUUCAACAAAAGGACAAAAUCAUAGAGUCUCUCCAGUCUAAGCUUGAAGGCCGUUCCAUGACUCCAUCCAGUAGUCAUGCUAUCUCUGAGUCAGAUCAGUCUGACAGGACCUCUUUUGUGUCCGAUGACCAGCUUUCCAACAACGAUGACUUAGAUGGCUGCUCAGAGGUGGCCACCGCCAGUGACUAUACCAGAAGCAUCCAUGUCACAGAUGCCAUUCAUAUCGAUAAUGUGGCGUCUCACCCCGCAACACCAUCACUUUCCACUUCUCAUGAUGUUCAGCAACAGCACAAGCUCCAUGUUAAUUCAGCUCAUUCUACAGAAACUCUGCAAGGACAUUUUAACCUUCCACCUAGCCACCUAAUUGCCUUGAAUGCUGCUCUCCCACCCAAUCCAUCUUUCCCACCUUUUGGUGCUCAUCCUCCCAUGAUCAGUGGCCCACCAGUCUUUUGUCUGGCAGAAGUACAAGAACUCCACACAUUGCAAAAGCAGCUAGGAGAAAGCAUGCCUAUGGCAUCAUCCUCUGUGAAACCAGUCCAUGCUGCUACUAGUUUUUUUGACACAACCACCUCCUCCAUGCUUCAAACUUAUUUUCCCCAACCUUUGCAUGACUUACCCAGUACAACAGCUCCACAGAAUGCCCCAGAUUUCAGGACAGCAGAGCCAGGAUUGUCAAACAGCAGUGGUUUAUGGGACAUGCAACAUCUGGUCAGACCUAUGAAUGGAAAUGUCCAUGGAGAUGCUUCCUCUGGAUCUUCUGGGUACCAGUCUGCUAGCAAACUCACAGGCUCGGAUCUUUUGGAGGAACAUCUUGCUGAAAUUCGAAACCUUCGCCAACGCCUGGAGGAAUCCAUCCACAUGAACGAUCGUCUGAGGGCACAGCUAGAAGACAAGCUCAUAUCUGCUACAAAAGGGAACGGUUCCGCAACUAAUAUUUACAUCAAAGGUUUGGAGUCAUUGCCUCAGUUAUCUAAUGAGAACAGAGCACUCAGGGAAGAGAACCUCACUUUACAAGUUCGUAUCAACCAGAUCUCCAGAGACUACGUUAAAGAGCUGGAGAAUUUGCAGGAAUUGUUAAGCUCUUCAAGGGCACAGCUGAAGAAUGCUGAAACAGAUCUAGAGCAAAAGGCCCACGAAAGCACAAAGCUUCAAGAGGAACUGGAUCAAAAGGAACAGGAGUUUCUUCAUCUUCAGAAGGAACGACAAUCAAAUCAGGAGAAGUGUAACAGAUUACAGCACCAAGCCACUCUACUGGAGCAGCAAUUGAAUGAAAACUGUCAACUUGUCAACAGCUUACAAUCAGAGCUGCAGGUGUAUGAGAGGCUGUACGGUUCAUCCAAGCUUGUACUGUCAGCUUUCAGUGGAGAAACAUAUCACAGCCUCCCAGCCAACUAUGACUUUAGGGAGCUUCUCUCAGAGGUACGGAGUCUCAGGUCCCAGAUGGAGAAGAGCAUUCAGGUCAACACCUCUAUACGCCAUCACUUAGAGAAACAACUAGGAGGAAGCUUUGGGGCAAAUGAGAUACCGCCAUCUUCUAUCAGCAUUUUCCCUUUUUGUGAGCACAAUGCCAAGAAGCAGCUCUUUCAAGAUGCGAUCCCUUCUCCUCCUGUGAGAGAUGUUGGCAUGCACUCCCCGUCUACCUUCUUCCCUUCAAGAUCUUUCCUUAAUGCUUUCCAUUCAGCACCAGUCCCAGAUCUCUCCCUUCUCAACAAUACACAAGAGGCUAGUAGCAAUUCUGCAUCAAUGGAGAGUAAGUCCCAAAAGCUUGAAGGUGAAGCACCCGAUGGCUCCUUUGCCAACAAAAAUGGACGUCAUGUCAUUGGUCACAUUGAUGAUUUCACGGCCUUGAAACAACAAAUACUGGAAGGAAAGAUGCUAAUUCAGAAGAUGGAGACAAUCAUGCAGUCGUCUCUAAACAUAACCUUUUUGGAAAUACAUGGGACUAAGGCACUGGAUUAUGAAAGCAUCAAGAGACUUUUCUCUACUACCAGCACCUUACACCAAACCCUUAAGGAGUCCUCUUCCCUGCUGGAUAUGUUCUGGAGAGCAGCUCUUCCCAAUACACAACGUGCCACACAGCAAAUGAAAGAGGAGCAGGCUAUGAAAAAGGAAAUUUGCCAGCUGAAAAACAAGAUAAAUGAGCAGGAGGUGGCGUUACAGGAGACUCUCGAACACCUGAAAAGCACCAACCGUGCAAAGGAAAGCAUGGAGCAUUUCAUUGUCAGUCAACUUACCAGAACACAUGAUGUGCUGAAGAAGGCAAGGUCAAAUUUAGAGCCUCUUCAGAAGAAUAGUCUCAAGGUUUCUUCUGGAAAGCCUCUUAGCAAAGGUUCGGGGCAGCAGAGAUCAGCAAAGUUCCAAAGCCAUCUAAUGGACGUCUUCCAAGAACCACCUCGAAAGAAACCUCAGCUGAAAUCCAUAAAGUGCCCGGAUCACUGGGCUUGCCACAGAUUGAUCCAAACUACUCAGUGACAACUUCCAAAGAUAAUGGCUGCUAAUCAUUAACGGUUACUCCCCGGGUGCUAGUUGGGGAAAAAAGAAAAAUGUAUCUAUUGCCAGAACACAAAUAGCCUCAUAGUCCCAAAAAAAAAUGUUCACUGAUACACUUGUUCAAAUUAACCUUUUCAACAUUGCAAUAAUAUAUUUGUUCAGGCAGAUAUGCAAAUAUGCAAUUUCAUAUGAAGGAAAAGGAGAUGACAUUGAAUAUUCUUCUCCAUAAACAUGAACAGUGGCAUCUGGUAGCAUUGGUUUCCAAAAUGUGGGACUGACUAGCUCCCAUAGAUUCUCAAUUCAGUGGAAAGAUAGGCCCUUCAUGAAGGGUGAAUUGCUUCUUUAUGGGUUGUUAUACCUGAAACUAUAGCAUGGUGACAAUUAUGGUUAUAUAUAUCCAUAUACACAAAUAGGGACUUAUCAAAUUUUAUCCCAAAAAGGAGACUAAACACAAGAAGUUUAAAGGUGUCUGGGUCAAGGUGUUCUCUAUCAGUCAGCAGCUAGGUAGUAACCUUUACUAAAGCUCUGAUUUUACAUAUUUACCUGUGAUUGAAUAGAUUGUAUUUAUCAGGAUGCAAUAUUAGACAACCAAUGCUAUGUUUUUGCAAUUCUCGCACUAGAACUGCCAUUGUUUCAACCAAAUAUAAACAGAAUGCGAUGGAAGUUCCAAGUUAAAUUAAUUGGUAGUUUAUUAUCAGCGGAAAAUCUAAAUGGACAAAGAUCUGGUCUUCCAGGACAAUCACAAGAAAUUCCAAAUGCAAAUAUUUUGUAGCAAUAUGAUAGAUACAUUAGCAUUUGAAGAAGUUCCACACUUGUAUCUAAAUAUCCAAGAAGACUGGUUGGAUUAUAUGAGGAAUGACAAAUGCAUGACAAUUAGGUAUGAUUGCUUCAAAAAUGUAUUUUAUUCAAGAGAUAUCUAUUAUAUUUGUGUGCAUAAAGACACUCACAAUAACACCAACAAUGAGCUUACAACAGGUUGAUAAAUGAAACCUGCAUCAAUAAAUGUCGCACUUAUAAAACUCCAGUGCAAGUAAGAGGAAGAAUGCUCUUAUGGACUUGAAUUGAUGGUUCCUGGGUACCAGUACACAUAUAACUAUUGUCUUCAUUCAAAGUAUUAUGGUCUACAGAACUUUCAGAAGUCACUGAAACUAUGCAAACAAGCAUCUGCAAAGAUCUAAGGAAUGUAUGCAUAUAUUGCUUCUGCAAAUCCAACUAUCCAGAAACCAAUGGGAUUAAAACACUGGGUUGCAUGGGACUGGGCACCAACUAAGCAGCAGAAAGUAAACUGAGGAAGCCUACUGAAUUGGAUUCCUGCAAACGUCAUCUCUGUACAUCAGGGUGAAUAUGAAGAGUUGGACAGUAAAUGUGAGCAAGAAAGACAAGUAGAGUUAACAUGGUUUUUACUGAUUUUUUUCCAAUCCAUGUUAGGUUGCAUGGGUGGGCUAUUUAUUGUUGUCGCUGUGCAGAAAAUCUAGAAGUUAUUUACUUGCUUCUUGAUAUAUUGUGCUGCCAAUGAUGAGUCUUUCUGACACCCAUAAAGAUCCAGACAAAGCUUACCUAUGUUACUAAGGAGUCAGGUAGUGUUUGGUCUGGUUAAUAAGCUGAAGGCCAGCAGUAUUUUUUAAGAAUUACAUCAAUUAGCUCUUGGCUUGCCAGUGCAAUUGUUUAAGGUACUACUACUGACCUACAAAACCUUCAGCUUAUUACAGUUAACACUGCACUUCAAGACUAGUUCUGCUGCUCCAGUAUGUCUAAAGUAGGGAAAGCCAAACCCGUGGCUCUUUAGUUUUAGUGCAACAGCAGCUAACAACUGGCUACAGAGAAAGGAAGUUGCCCGAUCUUGAAAUCCACAGGGUGACAAUCAACGAUGGAUACAUCUAAGAAAUGUUCAAGUAAAUUACCUUUGAUGUUACGGCCAAAAGCCCCACAUCGUUUUAUUAUGUAUAUUAUUAUAUACCUCCUUUAAACAGAUGCACUUGUAAACAACCUGCCUUUUUUGCUUGUGGUGUUAGCUGUUUUUUUAUUUUUUUGCUGUUAAGUUAUGUAUGACAGCCCUGCAGUUGGAGAAAGGAUGGGCCAGCUGCUAAUGUAUACAGUUAUACAGUUAGACUGUGUGCCAUAUUUUAUUUCCGGAGUGUACAGUAUCUUUUAUAAGUAGCUCUAAGUGUAUUUAUGGAGACGUAAUAUACUGGGAAAUGACUUAUUGGCUGUUUUCCGUUGGCCCCUUCUGUAUUUCAUGGACAGUAUUGUGGAUAAAACAUUAAUGCCAGGAAAUAAUUUAGUGCCAGAUUAUUGUGUGUUCAGUAGCUUAAAAUAUAUCUAGGUAUAUUUCUACACUGUGUAUAUUAAGCUAAACAAGUAGAGCUGACUGAUGUUGGAUGUCCUUAGAGCCCUGACUCUCAUUCUGGCGGCUUCAGUUAUGUUUGCUGGGGUAAAAAAUGUAAAAAAAUACUCAGCUGUAAUGCCCCAGAUCCAAGAACAUGGUUUCUCUCGUGUGCACUUGUGGGAUAUUAUUACGCUAUUGGAAAAUUAGGAACACAACACUUUUGGCAUGCCUGAAUCAUGUACAAAUUCUGGUAUGGCCUAAUAUCACCUAAAAAUGUGCUUGUUGGCGAUUAGGCAACGUUUUUUCACGACAGCCUCAUAUUAAAGUGUUCAUUUCCCACCCCAGCUCCAAAAUUUGCUGCUUUUUAUAAGAUAAGGGCCUCAUACCCAACUCACCCAUUUAAACUAUCAUCAAGGUGAGUGUUGAUGUAUAAACACACCUAGAUAUAAAUGUAUUCUACUAAACCUUCAGCACAUAUUUGUUUUUUUGGGGAGGGAUUAGCAAAAGUGCCCAAUGGUGUAUGUAUAUUAUGUGUACAGUAUAUCUGUAAAUAAAUGGUGUGAAAUUGAUGUAUAUAGACAACUCUGACAAUACCCUGUAGUUUAUUAUGUAGUGAUGCAAGUGUCUGCCUCUCAUGCAUUUUGGGAAGAUUGAUGAAAAUGAGGAAAAAAAUGGCAAAGACAAAAAUAUGAAAAUAUUUUUUUCCGGAUCGCUAAUAAAAAACGUAAAAUAAAAGAAAUUUGU